CCAAGUAUCCAUACCCGCCACAAAUCGAAUCGAUUUGAGCAAAUCUUUGAAAAAAGCCUUAUUUUCUUGCCUUUGCUGACCAGAAGUCUCUUGAGAAUCACACCAAAAAUCGUCUGUUAUUCGUACAACUGAACAAUCAACAAAUCAAGCCAACAUCAUCAAUAAUUUGAGAAUCUUGAAUAUUCAACAAAGUGGAUAUGCCACAACACGUUCCAAAGAAGCCGCUUAUCAUGAUAGCUGCGAGAGAAAGAGGGCCUGGCCCCGGCCGCUAUCGCCUGCCCUCUACCGUAGGCUGUGAGGCCCACGACUGCACCAGACAGGUGCAGCCAGCCUACUCCUUCGGGAGGCUGGAAGGACGAGUCCACUUCAAGGACUGGAGUCCUGGCCCUGCCUACUAUAUUGAUCCUAGGAUCACCCGUACUGGGAUGGAUGGUACCCCUGAGUACUCUUUGCUGGCCAGACAGAAGGAUCUCAACACCUUCAAAGUCCCCUCCCCCGGACUUUACUCUCCAGAGAAAGUCCACCCCCAGGGGGAGCGCCAUGCCCCUCAGUACUCCAUCAGUGCCAGAACCAAGAUGAGGCGCAUUGACCCGAACCCGGCCCCCAAUCAGUACACACUGCCGCCCAUCAUAGGGAGCAAGCAGCCCAACAAGCCGGCCGCCCCCGCCUACGUCAUGACCAAUCGCACUGAGAUUGGUAGUUACUUGGAGGAUCUGUGCAAAACUCCAGGCCCUGGCAAGUACAAUGCUACCCACCCCAAUGUGAACAAGAACAUGGCGCCCCUGUACUCCAUCAGGAGCAGAAGCUAUGCCCCAGGAGACACCACCAAAAAGCCUGGCCCCGGCGCUCACAGCCCGGAGAAGGUGGUCAUCAGUCGCGUCCAGCCCCCCAAGUACUCCCUGGGGAUCCGGCACUCCGAGUUCACCUGCCCACUCAUUGCCGAGGGAUAGAUCCACCCUUCUGUGGUGGCUUGCCUGCAAAACUUGGAAAACGACCAUGGAUUUUUUUUUUAUGUUAAAUAUAUUUUUAAUGUAAGAUUGAAAUUUUGUAUAUGUUUUAAUAUGACUUUUGUAGAAGUUUAACUGAGAAUGUUUUAUUAAAAAUUGUAAAGUUUAUACAUCGCACAUCAUAAUUGAUGUUGUCCAUAGAAGGAUUUUAUAUUUGAAUAAACAUGCAUAGUUUUGACACUUGUUCAUUUUCCCUUCAAAAAAUGACAGCUCUUUGGUAUAUGUCUCAAACCAAGAUAAAAAGAGCACUUGUAACAAUGUACAAUGCAUGUGACUUUGUAAAAAGUACAAUAGCGUUCAGUUUACAAAGUAUGAUCAACCCUAUCUGCAAGGUGAAGACAAACUACUAGUAAAUCUACAAUGACCAAAACUUUGUUAACCAGGGCAUCUUUGACAGAAGACAUCCAACCUAUAUUGGACUUUUAAAAACUUCUGAACUAUUAAUUAAGUUGAAACCAUUAAUCACAUGUAGAUUAUUUCUGUUGGCAAAAUGAUAGCCCAUGUAAUGUGAAGGAUGAUUAACCUGCCUAUUUAGGAUAUGCUACCAGAAUUUCCAUUCUAUGUUGUGACUUUGUCCUUAAACACAACUACUGUAAUGUAUCCAUUUAAAGACAAGCAUAUAAUUAAGAAUACAUACGAAUUUAUCAUUACAGAUUCCAUCAAGCAUUUAUAAUGAGUACAGACAAUGUAAAGACAAAUGAUGAGAUUUUAUGUGCAAUAUUUUUACUGAAAUGACCAUACAAAUGUACAAAAAUAAAUUCCUCUAUUGGAAGGAAUGUUCUAUAACACAUAUGUACAAAUACAUGUGGAUGAUAGUUUAUUUUGAAGACAUCCUAUAGUGUGCUUCUUCAAAUUGUUCUGGUACAUUAAACAUAUUUCGGAUAAGGCAUCAGCAGGAAGUCACUGCAGAAUGCAUUUUUUAACAUAAUAUUAUUUUUCCUAUAGUCCUCA